GAAAUAAAUACUAUGAAUGGACUAGUAUAAGCCUCAACCAUUUUCACUAUCGAGCUUGACAUCGGUAGAUUACACAGCGACGUUAAGGGGCGGUUGGUUUAUAAUAGGCGUUACGGCAAUGGGUCGUUCUCGUAGUCGGUCAAUUUCAAAUGGUCAUAAGACUAAGCAUAGGCGAUACAGAAGUCGCUCACGAGAUAAAGUAAAAGAGCGCGAUAGGUACCGGGAUAAAGAACGAGAGAGAAUAAGAUCAAGGGGAAACGAAAGGUCAUAUCGUGAUCAUCAUCGUCAUGAGAGGCGACGCAGGAAAAGGACAUCGUCACCGUCAAGUUAUGAUAGCGAAGUGGAAAGACGGAACCGAAAGUCCAGAAUGAAGGAGAUAGACAGAAAAAUAGAAGAGGCACGCAGGAGAGAAGAGAUAGAAAAGCGCGCUCAAGAGCAAAGGGAAAGAGAGCGACGACUGCAGGAGGAACGUGAACGAGAGGCGGAGCAGGCUAGGCAGCUUGAGGCUCGAGUCAAGGAAGCUUUUGAAGCAGCUUUAGUAGACAGAGCCGAAGAUCUCCAGGCUGAGUUAGAAAGAAGAUAUCAAGCAGAAAUCGAUAAGAAGGUCAAACAAAUGCUUGAUGAUAUUGAACGCGAAUACCAAAGCAAACUGGAGGAACAAAAGCGUAUAGAGGAAGAGGAAAAACGUAAACAAGCGGAACUGGACAAAAUACUGGAGGAAAACAAUCGUAAACUUAUGGAAGCAAGACGCAAAGAGGAAUAUUAUAUGCAGCCUCUCUCGGGAUCCGCAAUGUGACAAUGCCAGCAAAAAGUUGUACAUAAAAAUUUUGAGAGUUUAUUCUUCUGUUGCAUCAUUUUCUUUUAUGCGAUAAACGAGUUUGUCAAAGUUAUCAAUGCUACCAAAUGUCAUGCGUUUCGUUUUUAUAUCGACAGAAGUAUCCUGUAUAUAUAUUUUCUUCUUAUUACUUCACUUUAACUGGCUGAAAUAAAAAAAGAAUUCGCCUUCGGGAUAAUAUGAAUGUAUAUUUGCCCAUUUUUAUAGUUACAUCACUUUGCAUAAAUGGCUAUGUUUGUAAUUUUAAUUUAUUCAUCUAAAUGAAGUUUUUUUCCUUUGCAUUCCGAGUGGGACAUAGAGCUUCAUGAUUAAGCUUUGAACUCUCAGUAGUAGUGGUUUAAUUUUUACGGUGUAGAUCUGAUAUCCUCACGCUCAACCUUCCUUCUAUCGGCUAAAUGAGGUUUAGGAGUGCGUCGACCGGGACUUCAACCCCAGAACACGUGUGCGUUUGGCGAGUAUUCUUCUGCUGAACUGCCAUAAAUAUGAAUGAAGUACUUUUAUUCAAAUUUAUGUUCUUGGUUCUCACUUUUAUUCAGUGCACAUACGUAAAUGGUUAAGUAGAUGACUUGAGAUUAGAAUCCGUAAUUACAAUGGCUAUAAUCUAUUUUCCAUUGUAAUUGAAGUACUGGAAACUCAAGUUAUAUAUUGACACAAAAAUUUUGUACUGGUCUUGGUUGCUAAAUUCGCCCAGUGUUACCUUUAGGUUACCUAUACGGAGGCUAAACAAAUAUUGUUAAACUGUCUGUUAACUAGAUCUGUAUUAUGCCAUAAACUAUUGCAUGACUAAAGUGAUUUUAAAUAUA